UCAAAAUAGUAGCCAUUUGUCGAAAUAAAACCAAUCGAAAAUUUUCAUUUUAUAUUUGUCAUAUGUUUUAGUUAACCAAUGAGAAUCCUCAAAAGUCACAUGGUCACAAGUUCCACCAACCUAACAAUCUAAAAUCAUUACUGACAAAAAAAAAAAAAAUAAAUCACGAGCAAAAAAAAAAGAAAAAGAACGCCUGCAAUUUGUUGGCGUUGAUGAUAUUUCUAAUAAAUUUAUUCUAAAAUGCAACCCCAAAUAAUAUUGUUGAAGGAGGGAACUGACUCAAGUCAGGGUAAACCUCAAUUGAUAUCAAACAUCAAUGCUUGUGCCUUGGUUGUUGAUUCAGUUAGAACAACUUUGGGUCCACGUGGUAUGGAUAAAUUGAUUGUUGAUCAAAAUGGAAAAGGUACAAUAUCAAAUGAUGGAGCAACAAUUGUUAAACUUUUGGAUAUUGUUCAUCCAGCAGCUAAAACAUUAGUUGACAUUGCUAAAUCUCAAGAUGUUGAGGUUGGUGAUGGAACAACAAGUGUUAUUUUACUUACUGGUGAAUUUUUAAAACAAAUAAAACCAUUUGUUGAAGAUGGUGUACAUCCACGUAUUAUUAUAAAAUCAGUUCGUCAAGCAAUUAAAUUAGCUGUUGAUAAAGUUAAAGAGCUUAGUGUUAAAAUUGAUAAAUCAUCACUUGAAAAACAACGUUCAUUACUUGAAAAAUGUGCAUCAACAGCAAUGAGCUCAAAAUUAAUUCAUCAUCAAAAAGAAUUUUUUAGUAAAAUGGUUGUUGAUGCUGUAUUACAACUUGAUGAAUUAUUACCAUUAAAUAUGAUUGGUAUGAAAAAAAUAUCUGGUGGUGCAUUAGAAGAUUCACAAUUAAUAUUUGGUGUUGCAUUUAAAAAAACAUUUUCAUAUGCUGGUUUUGAAAUGCAGCCAAAAAAAUAUACACCAUGUAAAAUUGCAUUAUUAAAUAUUGAACUUGAAUUAAAAGCUGAAAGAGAUAAUGCUGAAGUACGUGUUGAUAAUGUUGCUGAAUAUCAAAAAAUUGUUGAUGCUGAAUGGCAAAUAUUAUAUGAAAAAUUAGAAAAAAUUCAUAAAUGUGGUGCAAAUGUUGUAUUAUCUAAAUUACCAAUUGGUGAUGUUGCAACACAAUAUUUUGCUGAUAGAGAUAUGUUUUGUGCUGGACGUGUACCAGAUGAAGAUCUUAAAAGAACAAUGAAAGCAUGUGGUGGUGCUGUUAUAACAACAGUCAAUGAUAUAACUGAUUCAGUACUUGGUAAAUGUGAAACAUUUGAAGAAAAACAAGUUGGAAGUGAAAGAUUUAAUUAUUUUACUGGUUGUACAAAUGCUAAAACAUGUACAUUUUUAUUGAGAGGUGGUGCUGAACAAUUUUUAGAAGAAACAGAAAGAUCACUUCAUGAUGCUAUUAUGAUUGUAAGACGUAUGAUUAAAAAUGAUGCUGUUGUUGCUGGUGGUGGUGCUAUUGAAAUGGAAUUAUCACGUACACUUCGUGAUUAUUCAAGAACAAUUGCUGGUAAAGAACAAUUAUUAAUUGGUGCUAUUGCACGUGCUCUUGAAGUUAUUCCAAGACAAUUGUGUGAUAAUGCUGGUUUUGAUGCAACAAAUAUACUCAAUAAACUUCGUCAAAAACAUCACAUGGGUAAAUGUUGGUAUGGUGUUGAUAUUAAUGCUGAAGAUAUUGCUGACAAUUUUGAAGCAUGUGUUUGGGAACCAGCAAUUAUUAAAAUCAAUGCAUUGACUGCUGCUGGUGAAGCUGCUUGUCUUAUUUUAUCUGUUGAUGAAACAAUCAAAAAUCCAAGUAGUGGUGGUGGUGGUGCACCACAAAUGCCAAUGGGACGUGGUGUUGGCAGACCCAUGUAAUAAUCAUUAAUCUUAAUCACAUGAGUUUCUUUUUUUUUUUUUUAGAAAAU